CCUAGUGUGUAAGCACAACAAUGAACUGCGGCGAACCCUCAGACGACCUAUCUAAGAUUAGGGGGGAGAUCCUUAGUAGUGGUGACCCUUUCACUCUUCCACGGACUGAUACAUGUACCGAAUGCUCAUACGGGAAAGUCGACUCCUGGGUCUGGAACGAAGUCUCCGAUAAAUCCUUUCUUUCUCGUCCACUCAGGGGGGUGCGGACACACCAGCGCGGAUUACAGGUGACGGUUACAAGAAUGGCAGGGAAGUUAACAGUACCCGACGACAUUUAGGGAUGGAUGUAGACCCAUCGGGCGGGGAUAAUCAUUUUGGUCCUGGGAGAGGUGGCGACCAUUCUCAAGAACUGAGCUGAGGGAAGCCUUAUGAGUCACUGAAACGACGGCUAGGGGGCCUUGAUCUAUCAAUAGAGGGAGCAAAAAACGGGCUUUGCUCCCCUUUACAAUAUGAAGAAAGAAAUAAGGGUCAAAGUUUAGACCGCUUACAGUAGUUCUACCUAUAGAAAAGAUCAUGAAAGAGGCGAUCAGAAUGGUACUCGAAUCCAUUUAUGAUCCCGAGUUUCCAGACACAUCGCACUUCCGCUCGGGUCGAAGCCGCUACUCGGCCCUAAGACGGAUCAAGGAAGAGUGGGGAACCUCUCGCUGGUUUUUGGAAUUCGACAUCAGGAAGUGUUUUCACACCAUUGACUGACAUCGACUCAUCCCAAUCUUUAAGGAAGAGAUCGACGAUCCCAAGUUCUUUUACUCCAUUCAUAAAGUCUUUUCCGCCGGACGACUCGUAGGAGCUGAGAAGGGCCCUUACUCCGUCCCACACAGUGUACUACUAUCGGCCCUACCAGGAAACAUCUACCUACACAAGCUCGAUCAGGAGAUAGGAAGGAUCAGACAAAAGUACGAAAUUCCGAGAAUAAGAUCGGUUCUAUUAAGGUCAGGUCGUAUUUAUGACCAAGAAAACUCUGGAGAAGAAGCAAGCUUAAAUGCUCCCCAAGACAACAGAGCCAUCAUUGUGGGAAGGGUCAAGAGCAUUCAAAGCAAAGCGGCCUUUCAUUCCCUUGUUUCGUCAUGGCACACCCCCCCACAAGCACCCCCCGGCGAAGGGAGGACCAGAAAACGCCUUUCGUUUUCCCCCAUUCGUCGGCCCUAGCCGCCUUCCUUAACAAGCCCUCGAGCCUCAUUUGCCCCGCCUUCUUCAUAGAAACCGCUGGGGCCGGGUUGGCCAUGAGAGACCUUAUUAAGUAUUGCAAAAGAAAGGGCCUGCUGAUAGAGCUGGGCGGGGAGGCGAGACUAGUUAUCAGGUCAGAGAGAGGUCUGGCCCGUAAACAGGCCCCUUUCAAAAUAAAAACCCAUUAUUUCAUAAGGAUUUGUUACGUGCGAUAUGCCGACGACUUACUACUGGGAAUCGUGGGUGCCGUAGAGCUUCUCAUAGAAAUACAAAAAUGUAUCGCCCACUUCCUACAAUCCAGCCUGAACCUUUGGGUAGGCUCUGCAGGAUCAACAACAAUAGCUGCACGGAGUACGGUAGAAUUCCCCGGUAUGGUCAUUCGGGAAGUCCCUCCGAGGACGACUCCCAUACAAUUCUUGCGAGAGCUGGAGAAGCAUCUACGGGUAAAGCACCGUAUCCAUUUAACUGUUUUCCACCUACACUCCGCCAUCCAUUCCAAGUUUAGGAACCUAGGGAAGAGUAUACCGAUCAAACAGCUGACGAAGGGGAUGAGCGAAAGAGGGAGUCUACUAGACGGGGUUCCACUAGCGGAGACUCUUGGAACAGCUGGAGUCAGAAGUCCCCAAAUAAGCGUAUUAUGGGGGACCGUCCAGCACAUUUGGCAAGGAUCGAGGGGGAUCUCGUUGUUGCAUAGCUCAGGUCGGAGCAACGCGCCAUCAGACGUUCAAGAGGCAGUCGCACGAUCGGGCAUGAGUGUCCGGAAGUUGUCAUUGUAUACUCCUGCGGGUCGGAAGGCGGCGGGGGAAGGAGGAGGACACAGGGCGGGAUCUAUCAGCAGCGAAUUCCCCAUACAGAUAGAGGCGCCUAUAAAAAAGAUACUCCGAAGGCUUCGGGAUCGAGGUAUCAUUAGCCGAAGAAGACCUUGGCCAAUCCACGUGGCCUGCUUGACGAACGUCAGCGACAGAGACAUCGUAAAUUGGUCUGCGGGCAUCGCAAUAAGUCCUCUGUCCUAAUACAGGUGCUGCGACAAUCUUUACCAAGUCCGAACGAUUGUCGACCACCAGAUCCGCUGGUCUGCAAUAUAAUCCCCAAGUACUCCAAGGACUCAAAUAUAGUAAAUCAAGGUGGUAAGACCCUUCCAGAGUUCCCCAACAGCAUAGAGCUUGGGAAGCUCGGACCCGGUCAAGAUCCGAACAACAAGGAGCACUCCACUACUAGUCUAGUAAUUUUUUUUCUAUUAGUUUCGAUGCGAACAUGCGUUUACUUAUGAGAUUCGUUGAGUAGGCUUGCAUGAGUUGUCUGCUAUAAGAUAGCUAGUUUUAGGGCUUUCAACAUAAAUAAAAAAGCCUAUCCGGCUUCGCUAUCGCUCAUGACUUGUAUUGUAGUCGGCCCGAAAUGCCUUUGUAGUCUUUUUAAUGCUAAUGCCUUCUUCCUUCAUUCAUUUUUUUAGUUGCGGCAGCUUCCGCGCCAGCAAGAUACGGACGGCGAAGCCAAAGCAAUACUAAACAAGCGAUAAAAGCCCUAUAUAUUCUAUUAGUCAAGCCUAAACUUAUUGAAAACGAAAGCGCUAACGAGCAAGAAAACGGGAUGGUUGGUUCGAGGACCCGUUGGUCAAAGGAAAGGGGGGUCCUUCUUCCGGGACGGAGCCGUAUGACGCGAGAGUCUCACGUACGGUUCCUUUGAGAAGGGUGUGAGACCACCACCUAUCAGGCCCGACGAGCGGUCCACGGAGCUGCAUCCCUACUCACCUGGUCCAUGCACAUUGCUCUCUCUAGGAGGUUGGCCGCCUAUCCUAGAUCUUC